AUGGAUCUCACCACUGUCAGGGCACAGCUCAACCUCAACAACAAGCUCAAUAUUGGUCGUCUCUUGGUUGCCAACCGUGGAGAAAUCGCAUGUCGUGUCAUUUCCUCUUGUAAGAGACUCGAUAUAACCUCCAUCGCGAUCUACGUGGAAGAGGACAAGGGAGCCCUACAUAUUGAACAAGCAGACGAAGCCUACUCGAUAGGCUCGAUUACCGGAUCAAAGAUCAAUCCUCAUGUGAACAUCUCAUUGAUCAUUGACACCGCCGUCAGUGUCGGUGCUGAUGCAAUUCACCCUGGUUAUGGCUAUCUCAGCGAGAAUGCAGACUUUUCCAAACGAGUCAAGGAGGCCGGACUGAUCUUUGUUGGCCCAGAUGAACAUGCAAUAGCGCAGCUAGGCGACAAACGACAAGCCAAGGACUAUUUGACUAAACAUGCACCGGAGAUUCCCCUGAUACCUGGGUUCAGCGGCAAGGAGCAAGAUAGCGAAGCUCUCAGGAAGCAAGCCGACUCCAUUGGUUAUCCAGUGCUUAUCAAGGCGGCCGCUGGCGGAGGCGGAAAGGGAAUGCGUGUAGUACACCAUUCGGGGUCUUUCAAUGGGGAGUUGCAGCAAGCACAGUCAGAAGGACUGCGCUCUUUCGGAUCGUCUGACUGUCUACUGGAGAAAUACAUCGAGCGCGGUAAGCAUGUCGAGAUACAAAUGCUCGGAGAUUCCCACGGAAACGUAGUGACGCUCUUUGAUCGGGAGUGUUCAAUCCAGAGAAGACACCAGAAGAUAAUAGAGGAAGCCCCUUGCUCGUGGCUUUCUGAAGAGUUGCGUCAGUCAAUGUCGAAUGCUGCCAAAACUCUUGGACGACUUCUCCAAUACGAAAGUGCUGGUACCGUCGAGUACAUCGUUGAUGUCGAAAAACAACAGUUCUACUUCCUAGAGGUCAAUACUCGCAUCCAAGUUGAGCAUGCCAUCACCGAAGAAAUCACCGGCACAGACAUCGUCUCUCUCCAGAUCUAUGUGGCCGCAGGCGGCGACUUGACGCAGAUCACAGCAUUUGACAACCUUCGUAUCACUGGACACGCCAUCGAGUGCCGUCUAUGUGCAGAAGAUCCGCAUAACAACUUUUUACCAGGCUCUGGAACCAUAUUCAACUGGGGGUAUGAGUCACUCUCCGAGGACAACACUCGCAUCAGGAUUGAGACCGCUGUUCAAAGCGGGAGUCGAAUCAGCGUACAUUUUGAUCCUAUGAUUGCAAAGAUUGUUGUCUGGGCACCUUCGCGAGCAUUAGCUAAGGCCAAAAUGUUGAAAGUCAUGUCGAGUUUGCGCUGUGUUGGACUCAGGACAAAUCAGCUCUUCUUGCAGGCCUGUCUCGCACAUCCGGCAUUUGACGAUCUGGCGUACUCGACUGGCUUCAUAUCGGCCAAUCUUGGUGGACUGCUUCAAAAUCCUUAUGUCUCUGGCAUUGACAUGUCUAGGGCUGAUCUCGCUGUCAUUUCAUCACUGUGUGCAAAGAUGCAAGCUGAGUGUUCGCCGUCUUCUACUCACUUCAGGUCGAUUCCUAGUAGCUUCAGAAAUCAGAGAUUCGGCACUCAACCUGCAAUAAUCGAGGUCAUAACCGCGUUACAGGAAAAGGAAUCAACGGCUUUCACCUGGAUUCAGCCCGGUGCUGGCAAGACACGAUUUGGCGAUCAGCUGCAGUUCUCCACUCUUUGCAUCGAGAGCGACUCCAUGGCUUCGAUAUCCGGCCAAAAAUACCCGGCUCAGAGAAAGCUCCAGGAGAUUCUAUCUGCGAGUAAGACCGCAAUUUCUAGCAGUGUGAGCAUCGACAGCUUCCAGGUACUUGCGCCUGUGGUAAUCGAUGGAGAGUCAUGGGCCAACUACACAAUUACACUUCGGCUGUCGGGCAAGCGAAUCAGUGCCCAUGUAACGGCUACUGAGACUAGAGAACCUCGGAUAUUCUAUUGUCACUUUCCACAUCUUGGAACUUACAUUGGCUAUCAACGCUUUAAGCUUCUUGACUUUUGCGAGAGUCUCAAGACAGCUCUAGAUCCCAGUACAAAAGACAGCUCCAAGGUCUAUAAAAGCCAGAUGCCUUGCAAAAUCAUCCGCCUGACAAAGAAAGCCGGAGAUGUUGUUAAAAAGGGCGAGACAUUACUUGUUGUGGAGAGUAUGAAGAUGGAGAUGUCUAUCAAUGCUGGCGCAGAUGGAGUCUUCCAUCCCAACGUCGCUCAGGAUGAUUCUGUGGAUGCCGAUAUAGUUCUUUGUGAGAUCAAGUAA